UGGACAUGGCCUCACUCCAAUGCGCGGGAGCGGGGGCUCUGGCCCUGUGGCAACGCCAGCAUUCCUCCGGUAAGCGCUGCUCGAUCGGGAGGCAAUAUGGCAGGCGCUGCUCGAUCGCGGUGUCGAUUGCGCAGCGCGGAUGGUGCCAAAGAGCCGGGAAUCCCAGAUCCGGGGCUUGGCGGGCAAUGGCGUCGGAUUCGCAAGCGGAGGACGAAGAACAGGAAGACGCCUUGCUAAGCGACGAAGAAGAGGAGACUGAGGAGGAGGAUGAGGAGGACAAUGUUGACGUGGAUGUUCUUAGCAACGAGGAAAUCGAUGCGUUGAUGAAAGAGUAUGGGAAUGUUGUGCGAUCGGAUCCAGAGCCUCGAAAAUCAUCUGCCGAAGAUGCUAAUGCGGAUGCCGAGGCUCUCUCCAUGGCUACUGCUCUAGCUACAGCUGCCAACGAAGUUAAAGCGGUGGAUAUCAAGCUCUUUCACGUCAAACCUCUGAUAUACUGGGCUCGCUACUUUUUAAUCGCUUCAGCGUUUUCUAUGCCUCAAGUCAAUGCUAUAGUUGGAAGAAUAGAAGACAUCGCCCAAGAACAGUACGGGAAAAUUCCAAGACCAAGCGGAAAGCCCUCGGGCUGGACACUCAUGGAUUUCGGUGAUGUCGUUGUGCACAUCUUUCUACCAUCGCAGCGAGAAUUCUACAACUUGGAAGAGUUUUAUGCGAACGCUCCUCUAGUGGAGCUGCCUUUUGUCUCGGAAAGCAGUAGCAGCAGCACAGCCAGGUCAGAUGCCGAGGGAGAGAGCGAAGAGGAGAUGAUCUCUUUGAGCUAAAUCAAGUCGAGUGCGAAGAUGGCCCGCUUGUGUUUGACAAAUUCAAGAGAGAUGAGGGGAACAGUGAAGCGCUGAUGAUGGUGGUGAUGAUCUCUUUGAGCUAAAUGACGUAAGUUUUUCUCCA